AUGACUUAUUUCCACCUAUGGCUCUGUCCACCAAAAUCGACUAGCUUGGCUGGUCAAUUGAUUGUGCUUGAUCCACCACUAGUAGCUGAUUUACGGCUAAUGGUUGAUGCUGAUCGGCCAACGGCUGCCCCUAAAUACAGGGACCUCCAGGUAGAUCAGCUGUGUGAGGAUCUUAUUUCGAUCAAGUCACCAGUAUUGGAUGGAAUCAUGAAUAACAAGAAGAAUGAAGACGAAUCAAUUACAAAUCUUGUCAACAAUGGUUGUACUGAUUAUAAAGGGAGAGUUGCAGAGAAGCACAGCACCGGAGGAUGGAAGGCCGCGCCAUUCAUCAUAGUGAGUGAAAUGGCGGAGAAGAUGGCGGGUUUCGCAGUUGGGGUGAACAGUACAGCUUUCUGGACAAUGGUGAUGCACUAUUCACUCCCUGAUGCAGUUUCUAACGCAUCUGUAUUCAAUGGAUUCUUUGCAUUUGCCUUCACAAUCAUCGGAGCAUACCUGGCUGAUGCUUUUCUCGGCCGCUUCAAAAUCAUCUUGUAUUUCUCUAUUAUCCAUGCGUUGGGAAGCGUCAUGUUGGUACUCAUACCCAUGUUAGAUGCAUUGCAUCCACCUCCAUGCAACCCACAAAAUGGAGAAGUAUGCAGAGAGGCCACAAAUUUUCAAGCAUUCUUCCUGUAUGCGACAACAAUUAUUUCAACAAUAGGAGGCUGCGGUAUGAAGCCUUCCAUCUCCAUCUUCGGGGCGGACCAAUUCGACGAGACCGAUAAAAAAGAAGUCCAACUGAAGUACUCAUACUUCAACUGGUUCUUUUUCUUCAUCAACAUGGGUGCAGUCAUUGCCAUCACCCUCCUCGUGCACGUAAGAGAGUACAAAGGUUGGGUCUGGGGGUUUGGAGUUCCGGCUGCAGCGGUCAUCUUCUCGGUCUUCCUCUUCGCCUUCGGCUAUCGGUUCUACCGUUAUAGGAGGCCUCUGGGAAGUGCUCUUGGCAGGUUUUGUCAGGUCAUUGUUGCCUCAUUUCGGAACCAUAAAAAUGGGGUCAAAAUGGGACCUCAUGUAAAGCUCUACGAGGUUAGCACUAAAGAGUCCGAUAUAAAAGAACAAGAAGCAGCCAACACGAACAACCGGUGGAGGCUGUGCACAGUGACACAAGUUGAAGAGUUCAAAUCCUUCAUCAGAAUCUUCCCAAUAUGGCUAACAACCAUAGUCAUCUUCCUUCCCUUCUCUCAGCUCCAUGGCUUCUUCCUCGGCCAAGCCAUGAUCAUGAACCGCAAAGUCACCUCACACUACACCAUCCCACCAGGAAGCGUCCCCAUCUUCGGCCUCCUCAGUGUCUUCGUCAUCAUCCCCAUCUACGACAGACUCUUGGUUCCGCUCCUCCGCAGGCUCACCGGCCAACCCCGAGGCAUUACCUCGCUACAGCGUGUAUUCGUGGGCCUGGUAUUUUCAAUCCUCUCCAUGGUUGUAGCUGCCAUCGUAGAGAAGAAAAGGCGCGACCACCAUGACCCAUCAACCAUGAAUGUGUCUUGGUUAUACCCUCAGUUCGCCCUAGUAGGUGCUGGUGAAAGUUUCACCUAUGUUGGGCUUAUGGAGUUCUUCUAUGAUCAAGCGACCGAGGGCACGAAAAGUGUGACCAAUGCCAUUUUCUUGACGGAGAUAUCGCUAUCCAAUUCAUUGGCCUCUCUGCUGGUGAAGAUGGUACAGAUUUCUACUGGUGGCGAAGAGGGGUGGCUAAGGAAUGAUCUUAACAAAAGUAGGCUAGAUUACUUUUACUGGUUACUAGCUGGAAUUGGGAUUGUCAACCUUUUUGCAUAUUUAUUUGCUGCUACAACGUAUAACGGUAAGAAUGGCGCUGUUCUGAGUGUGAUAGAUGAGUCCUCCUUGGAAGAGAUGGACGAUCGAUAA